AUGGAUUUGGUAAUUGUAUCACCUCCCAGGGAUGUGGUUAGAUGUUGUGAUUGUGGAUGUGAUUGCUCUCUGAAUAAUAAUGCUUAUUCGUCGAGUUCUUGGAUUCGGUCUGUGAAGAGAAAAUACGAGGAAUUCGAGGAUGAGAAACCAUUCUACAUACCUGAGCUUGAGCUGGACUUGUCUUCUAAUGCUAAAGUUCAAAUCGAGAACGAAUGUGAACUGUUGCGUGAAACUGUUAGCAGCCAACAGGAAUCGAUUCAGGAUUUGUACGCUGAGCUUGACGAAGAACGGAAUGCUGCUUCGACAGCUGCGAGCGAGGCAAUGUCUAUGAUAUUGCGAUUGCAGAGAGAGAAGGCUGAGUUACAAAUGGAACUGAGACAGUUUAAGCGUUUUGCUGAGGAUAAAAUGGAGCAUGAUCAGCAAGAGAUUGCGGCUCUUGAAGAUUUGAUAUAUAAGAGAGAGCAGACUAUUCAGGCUUUGACAUGUGAAGCUCAGGCUUAUAGGCAUAGAAUGAUGAGUUACGGGGUCACUGAGUCUGAGCUUGAUGGUGAGAAGAACAUGCUUAGCCGUAACCUGAGCAUGAUCGAGAAUGAGUUUCAAUAUGAUCUCCCUACAUAUGAUUACCCUCCUCUUAAGUGCAGUUUGAAUGAGAAUCCAGAUCCCUUGGAGGCUGAUAUUGAUGUUGACGAUGUUGAAAAGUACGCAUUGACUGAUUUACCUCAUGGCCUUGGACAUUUGAAGACUUUGGAACGAAGGAUAAGUCAGAUGGAGAGAAAUCCGAGCUUUCCUCAGUCUAACGGUGAAGUAUCAGGAGAUAGAAAUUAUUUGGAGAAGGUGGUGGUUGGUCAGAGUCCUAGGCGUCAGAGACAUUCCAGGAGGGUUUCAACCGGUAGUUCAAGUUCAUUUUUGGGAACAACUAGGGAACUAAGGCCUGAUUUCUCCCUUGAUUCCCCAAGGUCUAGCAACGAUAGCUUAAAAAAAUCGGAAGAUGCCUCGUAUGCAGAGGAUAAUUCCUUUGCAAAGGGUAAGAAUGACUCAUCAGAGGUAGGAGAUAAUGACAUGAAUGAUAGAGUUUAUACGAUUGAUUCUAUCCAUCACGGUGUUUCUCAUAGUGGUGCUGCUGAGCCAAAAUUUAGGGAUGACACUGCGGAUGAUUAUGUGAUGUCUCCGAGAGAAAAAUUGAAUCAGCCGGAUCUUGGUGAUCCUGAUGUAACGAAGCUUUAUAUGAGGCUUCAAGCACUAGAGGCUGACAGGGAAUCAAUGAGACAGGCGAUUAUGUCGAUGAGAACCGAGAAAGCUCAAAUGGUUCUUUUGAAAGAAAUUGCUCAACAUCUAUCGAAGGAAGUUAUCCCAGAACGGGGAUUGCCUCUGCGGAAAGCAUCUAUUGUUGGAGCGUUCGAUUUCAUAUCUGUCUUUAAGUGGAUCACAUCUUUUGUUUUCUGGAGAAAGAAGGCUCGUCGAAGCAAGUACAUGAACGGGAUGCAAGGGAACAACAUGGGAUUGCAAAUGCUACUAGAAAAGACUCCUCGGAUACGGCAAUGGAGAUGUCUCUCAAGCACGCAAGUGUGA